AUGCCUAGGAAAGUCAAAUCGGUUAAAAAGCGCCCAGCGCCUUACCGCGCACUGCGAACUAGGAGCAGCACUGCGAAUUCCAAGUCUGCCUCGGUCAUUGAAGCCGCCUCUGGCCAAACGCCUGAACCUAUCGCUGCUGCUGCCUCAGCCGUCGUCACUCUUCCCGAUGCUUCUGUAACUAACGACAUCUCCCCAGGACCCGUUGCGCCUGCAGCCUUCCCGAUCUUCCGCCUCCCCAGGGAACUCCGGGACCUUAUCUACGAAUACACAGACAUAUUACCACAGAGCAGAUUCCUAGAAGCCAGACUUCUGACGGGCGAGAAGAUCUUUUCUAGCGGGGUGGUUCGCGCCAAUUCGAAUGGGGUUCCCUUCUCUCGCGCCUGGAAUAGACCAUCUUUGCUUCGCGUCUGCCGCCAGAUGCGGCAUGAAGUCCUCGAUCUAUUCUUCAUCCAAAACAUGGUCUAUUUCGACGACGGCAGUGCGUCGGAGUCUCACAAGGACUUUGAGGAAAGCGCAUGGUUUCGUCUCGCCAAACUUGGGAAGAGAGCAAGCGGACCCGAGAUCCAACCGCCGCGACAGAUUCAGUCGUUGUGGAAAGACGCCCUCGCUAAUCUCCGCCGCAUGCACGUUAGAAUUCGCCCGGACGCCGUCACGAAGCCGGAGUGGUUCUCCUCAGCGAUCAAACACGCUCCUCGGUUGUCCAUCGUCAGUCUCGGGAUCAUCGACAGACGGCAGUGGGAUCCAGAACCCCUUCUGGACGCAUACUGCGCGGCGUUGAACGAGAUUGAGAGUCUGCGCGAAUUGAAGCUUGCGUACGGGUUCCAGAAGGAAGACGUCGAGGUGAUAUCGAAGAAGGUCAGCUGUUCGGUGAAGAUACUAUGUAAUUGUCGCCUUGAGGAGAAGGGUGACCCUCUAGACGCUUGGGGCUCCGGUAUCCAGUGUCAAAAUGUGCUUGAUAAAGGAGCCAAGUACAUCUUCUUCUUUCUCUGA